AUCACUCGCCCACGCUUUCCAACUAUAGUCGCUCUUUACAGCAGCACCACACUCGUUUCACAAUGAAGUCCUCAACUCCCGUGAUCGCCGCUCUGGCUGGCUCUGCCUCCGCAGCUUGCUCUUCAUCCGUCACCGAGAUCUGCCCGACCAACGGUCUUGCUGGUUGCUACCUGUCCACCAUCUACGAUGUUGGCUGUAUCUCCACCAGCGCUACCUCCACCGGAGCAUGGGGAGACUGGACCAGCUCCAGCACCACGUCUGCAACCACGACACCCACCACCACUGCGACCACCAGUGCCUCUAGCACUGGAGAAUGGGAUGACUGGACUUCCAGUACCACCACGACCGCCGCCACUACUUCGUCCGACGGCUGGGGUGACUGGACCAGCAGCACCACAACUGCUGCUACCACUUCGUCCGAUGGUUGGGGUGACUGGACCACCUCCGCCACCACUUCGUGCGACACGACUAGCAGCACUCCUUACGUCGUCACCGAGACAUGGGAGGAAUGGAGCACUGCCAUCACCAUCACCGAGCCAGGCUGGGAUGAGUGGACGAGCAGCACCACUGCGCCUGCGACCACCACACCUUCCAUGAUCACCGAGACCUGGGAUGACUGGGACAGCAGCUCGACCAAGACCAAGCCGUCGACCACCAUCCCAUCCAUCAUCACCGUGACCUGGGACGAGUGGGACGGCAGUUCCACCAAGACCAAGCCGGCGACCACCACGCCCUCGGUCAUCACCGAGACCUGGGAUGACUGGGGAAGCACUGUCACCAUCAGCACUGGCAGCAGCAGCUCCAAGGCCUCAACCACUACCAAGGCCUCCACCAGCAGCAAGGCCACGACCACGCCAGUCACUGUCACCUCCGUCUCCACUGGCACCUGGGACGACUGGUCAUCCGUCAGCUCCUCCGAUAGCUCCUCAUCCACCGGCUCCUCAUCCACUGCCACCGACGGCACAUGGGACGACUGGGGUUCUUCCACCGCCGCCAGCAGCGUGUCGACCAAGACCCCAGAUGCCACCUCCACAUGGGCCACCUCAUCCUCAUCCGCCGCAUCCUCCACCAGCGUCUCCCCCGCCGUGUGGACCGGUGCUGCCGCCUUGCCCAAGGUCGAGUUGUCGAUUGUGGCUAUCGCUGCUCUUGCCUUUGCUCUUUAGAGAGAUGCAAGUACUCGGCAUCCGUUGUCAUGCACUGCGGAAACAGGAGCUCGGAGUGGUUCUGGCGUUGUCUGACUUUCUUUCUUCUUCCCCUCCACCCCUUUCUUCAUAGAUUCUGACUGGGAGGUCAUUCUUUGGCCACGAGCUACAGUAACGAUUUCACUCUUAAUUUCACCUCAGUUAGUUGUUUGGAUGUUGAAUGACAUUUAAGGAAAAUUAUACUUAUGCAGACUUUAUCAUUCCUGUGGCUUUGUAUGUGUAGCGCGAUAUUCAAUAUGGCCGUCCGAGAUCAAUUCUUUAUUUGG